AUGGCUGAACUCCAAGGCAUGCUUGCCCAGCUAAUUGCUCAGCUUGACCGUCAGAACACGGCCGCCGAACAAGCCAACGCCGCUGCAGCUAUCGCUGCGGCAGCCACUGUUGCUCCAACGGCAGCCACUGUUGCUCCAACGGCAGCAACUGGCUCGAGCAUGGCUGAUCCUCUUGCUACCCCACGGGAUGGAACCGUUGACAAGAUGCCUGCCUUCUUACAUGAUCUGAAAACAGCCUUGAAGGUUCACAAGAUGGAUACUGCUGGAACCAGCUCCAUCAUCUUCUUCGGCGGCAAGAACCUCCUCGACGAUUACGCUUCAAUUCCACUUGUUGACAUCACCGCCGCUGCCACCAGCCGCACUGAUGCUCGAGCUAAGCAGAAUUCGAAAGCUCUCUUUGCCAAGUUGCUUGGUAGCACAACUGGUGCGCUGCAGGACAAGAUCUUGAAGACUAAUGGCAACCUGCCGAAUCAUGAAGAUGGACCAACCUUGUUCAAGGAAAUGAUUGACACGACCGCCGUGUCGUCUGUCCUUGUUUCAAUGACCGCAUUGGCCGAACUCGAUCCUGGUGACUUCGAAUACAAAAUGCCCUCUGUGAAUAUUGAAUUAAGACCCCGAUCCACGAAAACCCCCCCUUGGGUUGCCCUCGCUGUGACCUGGAACGGCCGGGAACGGUGGUCAAACGAGUCAAAUCGAAGUUGUAAGCUGCAGGAAAAUGGGAAUCUUGGAGACGGAAUCUUAAAUAUUCGACGCUCCAUAACAACUGGCGGAUUGGCUGGCUCGUGGACCACUGGUCCAUGGAUUGACUUGCUCGUGGACCACUGGUCCACGGCUCGACGUGCUCGUGGACCACUGGUCCACGGAUCGAUAUCCUCGUGGACCACUGGUCCACGGCUCGACGUGCUCGUGGACCAGUGGACCAUCCAAUCACAUUGCCCCAUUCCAAUUGCCGCUGCCGGGAUUUGCAGCCAGUUGGCAAGAAGAUUGGCGGGAAUGCCCGGCAAAAACAAUGACAAUCCAAACGGCAGAUAUUAUCAAUCAAUGUUGUACAUCACAUUGAAACGCUUGUCCAUGACCAACAAACGUCGAUCGGAUGGAUUCGCCCACUGCUUUCUGGACCAAAUGGUGGAAUCUGGCGCAAACAAGCUGCCCAGCAAUCUAUGGCCAUGUCAAAUAAGGCAUUUGUUGGUGGACCAACCGAAGAUGAAGUGA